AUGUCCCAAACUACCCUAACAACCUCCAUCAUUUUCAGACCUCUCACCUGCCACUUUUCUCGGCAGCCACAGCGCUCAUCCAAGGAAAGAUGCAAUAGUGAAAAGGUUGCUUCCUUGGCAUACGCGAGAAUCCAAGGAAAGAUGCGAGAAUCGAACUUUGUCCUCGAACGGAAGAAAAUUAUCAAGGGCAUGAAAACCCAUGUAGACAAAAUAGCUCAUGACAAAUUUGGUAGCAUGGUACUUGUAUGUAUCUUUUCGGUUGUUGAUGACACAAAACUCAUGUCUAAGAUUAUAAGUCGUGAGCUCGAAGGGAAUUUGAAGGAGCUUAUUUUGGAUCAGAUGAUGUUUCUCGAACAUUUUCAUUCGAGUAGGGCCAUCAGAAAACUCGUUCUAGACUGCCCUGCAUUUGCUUCGACUCUCUGGGAAAAGGCUCUGAAAGGAAAAUGUGAAAUCUGGUCCAAGGGUCACAGCUCGAAGGUAAUUAAUGCGUACUUAGAGACCUCCGACUCUGUGGUGAAGAAGUUGGCCAAAGACGAGUUGAAGCCUUUGGUAGAAAAAGGCGAUCUGUCUUUAUUGUGUGUGUGUGCACCCUCGACUUUCUGUUAGAUAGACUUACAGAUUAAAUUUAAUCUUUUCAACAAAUUUGAAUACUUUCAUAUUGAAAUGUUGUUUUACCCAACUAGUAGACUAUCUCAUACACUAUUUUUUGCUCGAGUUUGUCACAUCAUAGAGAUGUGCAUUGUCUCAACGUGGUAGUGUUUAAGGAAUGAAAACAAG